CGACGCUUCGCGAGAUCACAUGGAGUUGGUUGCCAAGUGUAAAAGAUUAAUGAAACUGCAAACCACGAAGAGAGAGGAGGAGAUAAUUAAUUAAUAAAAGAUCUUUUAACAACUUCCCGGGAACGCUCGCCGGAGAGGAAGCCUCCGUAAUCAACAAGCGUCACCGGGAGAGAGAAUCCAUUUCCGCCGAUUCUAUCGAUUCCCUCAGGCUUCGAUCCCAAAUCAGCUCGUAUUCCUUCGAAUGAGACUUUAGUUUCCGCCCUAGGGGAAUAGGGGGGGGGUUUGAUUCAGCUAUGAGCACACAGAAGCAGGCGGCGACAGUUCGGGACCUGGUAGAGGAAGCCAAGAAGCGGAUCGUAAUCCUCGUGGUAUGCGUCGUCGGACUCUCCUACCUCCUCUCCCUGACAAGCUCAUCUGUUUUGGUGAACCUCCCUGCUGCUGCGUGUUUAAUCAUCCUCCUUCGCUACUUCUCACUCGAUGUCGAAAUGAAAAGAAAGUCUGCAGCUUACAAUAAUAGCAAACCUUCUUUAUCUCUGAACAAACCUCCUGAACUCCUUAAAGCCGCUCCACGCUCUGACUGGAGAAGCAAAGUGAACUCUCAGGUCGUUGAGGAUGCUAUAGAUAGCUUCACUCGUCACCUCAUUUCUGAAUGGGUGCUUGAUCUCUGGUACUCUCGGAUAACAGCGGAUAAGCAAGGUCCUGAGGAACUGGUUUUUGUUAUUAACGGUGUUCUCGGUGAGCUUUCACGGCGGUUUAGAAACGUAAAUCUCAUUGAUCUGUUGACGAGGGAUCUGAUUGAUAUUAUAUGUCGUCGUGUGGAGAUUUUCCGUGAAUGUCAAGGAAAGAUUGAGAGGAAACAAAGGAGAAGUCUCAGUUUUGAAGACCGUGACUCAGAACUAAGACGUGUGAUGGCCGCUGAUGAUAAAUUGCACCCUGCAUUGUUCUCUCCUGAAUCCGAGCAUAAGGUUCUUCAGCAUAUAGUGGAAAGACUCAUAACGCUAACGUUUAGGCCAGAAGAUCUACACUGUGCUUUUUUCCAUUAUACCGUGAGGGAGCUUCUUGCUUGCUGUGUGAUGCGACCAGUCCUAAAUUUAGUCAAUCCUCGGUUUAUAAAUGAGAGGAUUGAAGCUGCUGUGAUAUCAAGGAUAAAGACUACUGACGGUUCUAGUGCUGCCAAAGAGACUUCUCAAUCUGAAGAUCUCUCGGAAGUUUCUCAUGAUCCUUUUGCUAGAUAUCUGGACCCCUCUGUCACAGGUGUUGAGCUUGUGCAAUUGAAAAAUGAACAGCAGAAAGGGAAAAAGGCUACAGAUAAACAGCAUGUAACAGAUUUGGCCAAAGAUCCAUUGCUUUCAAUGGACACUCGGUCUUCCCGAUCUUGGAACUCCUUACCCUUACCUUCCAAAGUGGUUGAUGAUAUUAAAGAUCUUCAAGAACAUCGAGAAGGAGAGGGAUGGGGUGAUGUAUUAGACAAGAUGUCACAAAGGAAAACUGAGACCCUUUCUCCCGAGCAUCUUGAAAGCGUGUGGGCAAAGGGAAGAAAUUAUGAAAAGAAGGAAGGUGAGAAUGUUGUUGAGCGGGUGCCGCCCAGAUGGUCUAGCAAGGAAUCGUGCAACGAUGCUGAUGAUGCACGGCCUAAAAACUUGAGUGAAGGCACUGCAAACGCAAGAGGAACCAGUCAGCAUAAUGUAGUAAAUAGAGAAAGUUACUUAUCAGAUUAUUCCUCUGCUGAAGAGGACGAGGGCCAAACAAAGAGUAGUCAUUCUUAUACAUCUGAGGAUGAGGAAACGGUAACAGGUCUAAACAGUCCUGGGACUCGAGUCUGGGAUGGUCGAACGAACAGAAAUCCUGUUGUCUCACGGAUACACCAUCCACUUGAAAAUUCUGGUCGUCGUUUCGGUAAACACAGUAAAGGGGAUGAAUAUUACGAGCAAGCACCCAGACAUCAAUCUAGCCGGAAGAGAUCCAGACGUUCUGGACACAUUGGCAAUGAUGAUAGCGAUGAUUCUGAAAAUGAUUCUUUGGCUAGAUCAUGCAGUGGAACAUCUGCAACCUCGUCUGCAUCAUACAUUUCAGUGGCGGGAAGUGACCUUCCCAAUGCCCUUAAAAGUUCUUUGUUGGUUGAUUCCUUUGACAAAUUGAGAUGUGAGGUUUUGGGUGCCAAUAUUGUGAAGAGUAGUUCUAAGAUGUUUGCUGUGUAUUCAGUCGCUGUCACAGAUGAAAGUAAUCAUAGCUGGUCUAUCAAAAGAAGAUUUCGACAUUUUGAGGAGCUUCACCGGCGGCUUAAAGUGUUUCCCGAGUACAAUCUUCAUUUACCGCCAAAGCAUUUCCUAUCAACAGGAGUGGACAUACCUGUUAUCCAAGAGCGAUGCCUACUCCUUGAUGACUAUCUCAAGAAGCUACUGCAGCUACCCAGAAUUUCAGGAUCAAUUGAAGUUCGGGACUUCCUCAGUGUGGAUUCCCAGACUUAUGCGUUCUCAAGCUCCUUCUCGAUCAUUGAGACGCUGACGGUUAAACAUGUCCGUAAGACCUCUGCAGUAUCUACAAAUUUGGCUAACGUGACGCCGGGUCCUCUUCUUUCGAGAGAAAAUCUGAGUUCAGAGAAUGGGAAAUCGGGUCAACAUAUUAAGAAUAACGUUAUGGUGGAUGAUCUGAAGUCAAAAGUGAAAGCUCCUGGAAAUGAUCAUACCAAGACGUCUGAUUCAGAUGUGAGAAAUAACAAAGAGAACGGCGGGCUAAAAAAGGGUAUUCAACAUGCUGAUGCAGUGGCCUUUACCGGCCUGCCCACAGAGUGGGUUCCUCCAAAGCUAACAUUACCCCUUCUAGACUUGGUAGAUGUUGUCUUUCAACUCCAGGAGGGUGGGUGGAUCAGGAGGAAAGCUUUUUGGGUUGCCAAACAGAUACUUCAACUGGGGAUGGGCGAUGCAUUAGACGAUUGGGUACUAGAGAAAAUCCGUAUUUUGCGGCGGGGAACUGUAGUUGCUUCUGGAAUUCAACGGGUUGAACAGAUACUAUGGCCGGAUGGGAUAUUCAUCACAAAACAUCCAAAAAGGCAGCAACAAUCCAGCAGUUCUGACGAGGAACAGCAACAAGAAGCAGAGAGACGGGCCAAGUUCGUUCGUGAAUUGAUGAUCGAAAAAGCUCCAGCGACUAUUGUGAGCCUUGUGGGUCAAAAGGAGUAUGAACAAUGUGCGGAAGAUCUCUACUUUUUCCUUCAGUCAUCAGUAUGUCUAAAACUGUUGGCAUAUGACCUUGUGGAGCUGUUGCUAACCUCGGCGUUUCCGGAAAUGGAGCAGUCUUUCAAACAGUUGCAAGAAGAAAAACAUCUCUUUGGUCAAUACACACCACCAACCUGAUCCUUAGAUUGUGCGUUGCAACUCCUCCCAAUCUUAAGUUGAGUAUUGCUAAAUAUGUUUAUACAGUGAAGAGAUCACGAAAGCAUUUCAAUGAAUGAAUCAUAUAUACCAUCAAAGCAUUUCAAGAAAACGUAGUAGUAGUUUCAAAGCCAAUUGGCACAACA